AUGUGGUACCUGCACCUUGUGCAGUUCGGCCGCAACUCGACCGAUACAGAACACUACCUGGAGAUGCUCAGGUACGGCGCCCGUAAGACGUCUUUCUUUGCCUCCAACUCCACAGGACGCAGCAAGAGGAGAUGCACUCGCGCCUACUACCAGAUCAUUCACAGACUGAUGCCGUUCAGGGCACUGCAGCGCAAUAGCUUCUGCUCUCGGUUGGACCGCAAGGAACAGAAAAGCAGGAAUGUCAACUCGAAGAACAUGAGGUUGGUCAUGAACCCGACCACCGCGGAUCGUGUUGUAGACCCCGGCGCCACUGUCUCCCCGGUGAAGAUGCACUGCAGCGUCAACUCGACGACGACGAUGAACACAACGCUCAUCUUGAAACUGGCCGAGAUGCACCACACCGUUGAUACCUUGGCACACGUUGGCAGCGACAAUAUAGCUGGUUGCAUGUACACGUUCGCGUUGCGGCCGUUGAAUCCGUGUCCCUUCCUCUUCUAUGGUGGUGAAGCGACUCUUGCCAGAGGUGCAUUUCUACUGUUCGAUUGCCGUCUUAUUCGGGAUCCUCUGAUUUCACGUAUCGUUCCAUGA